CUCAGUGCCCAGCAUUUGGCAAAUUGUGUAACAAGUGCCAAAAACAAAAUCAUUUUGGACAUAUGUGCAGAAGUAACCAGAAUUACCACAAAUCUGUACAUGACAUUGACGCUAGUGCUGUAGACGGUGCAUGUGGAUAUUCAUGUGACACACCGGAAUACUACAUCGACAUGGUAAGCACACGUUCUUUAUCACAAUCGCCAGACCGUGCCUUCGUUCCCAUCACUCUUGGUCCUAGCAAAGUACCAAUACAUUUCAAAAUUGAUACAGGCAGUGAAUGCAACAUAGUUUCACAUGAAACGUUCAAACGCCUAAAAUUAAGUGCCCCUCUCGAGCCCCCCGACAGCAAACUGACCUCUUACUCAGGCGACCUUCUCAAGGUUCUUGGAAAAAACGAGGAAGAUGUUCUAUAUCUAUGGAACGGACUAUAGAUAGACUGACCACGUGAUUGGCCAGAGCCCGCGGAGCCCGGCACGCUCCAGCGUCAGUCAUUAACUAUAGCUCGAUAGGAUAACAUGCAACUGUAGAUUGUGUAUUAAACUGUUAAAUAGACAUAGCCUUUUGUACUUGCCUUCACCCUUGUGUUGACUUUACAUUAGCACUACUACAAAU